GAGAAAUCCGAGUGGUGGGUGGUUGACGGAGAAAUGCACGAGAUCGGCGAAAACGUUCCUCCGAGAGAACGGUUUGUAAUCCCUAGAGAGAACAUCCCCAAUAAGCGCCGUAAACAGCUCCGGGAACAGUUCAUGCGCCGCACUCGCCUUGUCCUCAAAGAAUCCGAGCAUGAACCAUGGUCAAAAAGGUAUAUGGAGCUAUAUAAUGAGCUGAGAGAAAAUUGGGAGAGGUUGUACUGGGACGAAGGUUAUUCUAAGAAACUUGGUCAAGACCAUGCAAACUAUGAUUCUGCUGAAGAUGAUGAUGAGGACUUUUCCCCUUAUAGGAGAAGCAAAUCUUAUACAGAACAAAUAAAGGGUCAUGGUUUUGUUAGGGAUAGGCAAGAUGAUAACUCCGAUAGGGUUAGGUUAAUCCGUGACAAGUUUGAGUAUGACAGAGAAAGAAGAACGAGAGAAAGAGCAUUCGCUCCAGUGAAUGAGGCCAACAAUAUUCAUAUGGAUUAUACAGCUUCAAAGAAUGAGCCGUUUGACGCUAGGAGAUACAUAUCAGAUAGCGAGAGUGACUGAUCAAGGUAUAUUGAGGGGAUUCUGGAAAUUGGGAAUAGUUUUACAUGACUUUUGUAUCACAUGAUAUAUGAGUACUUACCAUUGUAACCUGAUAUUCUCUGAUUCAAUGUACAUUAUAUAUGUUAGCACUAGGGGAAGUUUUCAGAUUUAUUACAAGUUUCCAUCUCUCAAACCUUGAGCAUAUUGAAGCAUGCUUGUGGUUCAUUAAAAAAACCAAUCACCAUGAUGAUUUUAAAUACUAAUCUUGUACGCAGAAGUGCGGAACGCUGGUAGAGAAGUUAAAUCCAUGAAGAUUACUCCAUUGGCACUAAAUAGGACUGGGCUUUAAGAAUGUGUAAAUUUGCUUACUUAAUUGUUGCAGCUUCACAUGAAAGAAUGUAAUGAUAAGAAUAUAAAUCGCUAACUUUUUUAUAUCCUGAAGUCCCGAACUACUAGACCAAGAGAAGAUUUGUAUCACUCAGUCUGAACUCUGAACACUGAAUUAAUUGUAAAGCAUCG